AUGCCGGACUUCAACGCGCACGGCCUCGAUCCGACCUGGGCCGAGCCAGAAGCGGAGCGGGUGCAGGCAUUCUUCGACAACCUGUCGGAGAGGUAUGUUUGUGACGAGCCACUGCUCAUCCGCGACACCACUCAGGAAGAGCUGGCGUAUAUUGCCGCCAGGGCAGAGGAGACGGCACUUGCCGAGAAGGCCAGCAGCCUCGGCACUAUGGAGAACGAGGCUGACGCGGCCGCAGAAGAGAAGGAGUUUGCCGAGUGGACGGGGUCUGCCGGGGAAGCCAGCGGCGCCGGUGCUGGGGCUCCCCUCGUCGAAGAGGUGGCCGAGGAGUCGGUCAAAGAGGAGACCAAGGCGGACGACUCCUCGGCUCCAGGGAGGAAACGCGUUCUGCGGUGGGCUGGCUCCAGCGAGCCAGUCCGGCCCGACAGGACCGCGCAGCGGCAACAGGCCCAGGCGCGGCCCGUGCGCCAGACAAGGGCUGCGGCAGCGAAGAAGUUCCCAGACCCUUCCUCGAUGGACCAGGUGGAUGUCGAUGCUGUCAUCGAGGAGGUUGCCAAGGAUGCCGAAGCCGAGGCCACCAAGAUCGCUGCCGGGGAGGCCGCCAAGUCCGCCGCCGAGGAGGCCGGCAAGGGGCCUGCCGGGGAGACCAGCGAGGCCGCUGCCGGGGAGGCCGGCAAGGGGCCUGCCGGGGAGUCCGGCGAGGCCACUGCCGAGGAGGCCGUCGAGGAGCCUGCCGGGGAGGGCGCGGCCGAUGACCAACCUUCCUCCUCCGCAGCCCCUCGCACGGGCAAGUACUUGAAGGUGGGUUAUGAUCUUUUCAUCCGCCUCCCUGGGACGGCAGACACCAGAGCGCCAGCCGAGGGGGAGGUCUUCGAUGAUGAGGCCCUUGCCACCGCUGGCCUCCAGGAUAAGGUGAUCUCCAGGACGGCAGCCGUGGACAAGGCCGAAGCAGACUUUCAGGAGCGCAUUGCUCAAAUGCAAGUCCGGUUCGACAAGGCCCGACAGGAGCUGAAGGACACCGAGGAUCAACUGGAUGAGCGCAAGCGAGAGCUCCUCCUAAAGUAG